ACUGCUUUCCCUGCCAAAAAAAAUGACUGACAAUCGCUUUCCCUUUCUGUGUCUCUUCCCAAUAAAACAAACCCAAAAUCCUGCUUGCGUGCCCGGCCGCGAACCCGACUCCAGUCCGAUCUUAUUGUUUGCCGAGUACAGCGUCGAGGAGUACCCGGACGGAAGCAGAGCGGCCGUCUGUCUCACCAAAGCCUCCAACGUGUGGACGGUAACGUUCUUCCUGAUGACCAUAUCGUUGUUCUUCCUGCUCCCGUUGGUCAUCCUGGUGGUCCUGUAUGCCAUCAUCGCCAAGAAUCUGAUCGCCAGCAACAACUCGCGGAUAAAAAUCCGCCUCAGCAAACCAGAACUCAGUUACAAAGCGCGGAAGCAGGUGGUUCUAAUGUUGGGCGCCGUAGUCUUGGCAUUCUUCACCUGUCUGCUCCCGUUCCGGAUGCUCACCCUUUGGAUCAUUAUGGUGUCCGAAGAAACAUUCCAAAAAUUAGCCGUAGAAAAGUACUACAACCUGUUGUAUUUUAGUCGUAUUAUGCUCUACCUCAAUUCGGCCGUCAAUCCCAUACUGUAUAAUCUAAUGUCGUCCAAGUUCCGAAAGGGUUUCCUGCGGUUGUGUCGCUGCAGGCGACUCUGGGGACAUCCUUUGAGGCGACGGGGUGGGAAAGUGCGUGGAAGGUCGGCCACAUUCACAACCACAACGACCUCGUCCUAUCUGGCGAGUUCAUCGAUUCGGAAAAGCAGUGAAAAGUACACAUUAUCAUUGGACGAUUUACGCUUUCAGCAGCUUCCAGUUUGCUCCAAUGGACUUCCAAUGGCGUCGACAGAAAGUGGCACACGGGGUAAAGAUGCGUCCUCAAUAGUAGUGGUCGUCAGCGAUGAUGACGAAGAACCCUUCCAGCUAAGUAGAUUCUACAGGAUGAACCUACUGCGGCAAUAUUCCACUCCAUUGUUGCCGUGCUACGAAGAUAGGGGGAGACCGCCAUUACCUUCGACCGAACCGUCAGGGAUCAAUAGCAACAAAUCAGUCGAAAGUGCGGUCAAGCGUCAAGCCUUUAAUGUGACCUUCAAAGAAUCCGAAAGACGCAAAAAUAACAACAACGACUCUGCCGGCAGUAAUGGAGUUAUCCUUGUCGAACCGGGGUCAGCCUGGGGUAAUCUGUUUAAUCCGUGGAAAUUGAAAUUUAUCCGGCAACAGACGACACCACCUCAACUGCAAGAACAAAGACCAAACUCACAUGUUGCCAGUGCCAAAGCCGCCGUCAUCAUCGGGGUGGAGAGAAGGCUGCCAAUGAGUCCCCGAACGAAGAAGCAAAUGUCACUUGACGAAAGUUUGUUGGGGGCCCGUGGAAAUCACUGCACGGUCGAAGGUGAUUCUGGCGCUGGUGAAGUUUAGAGCGAUGGAGGGGUUGCUGCGGGGUGUCUCGCUAGAUUGUACAUCUCAUUAGAGGUUUCGAUUUUGUAUGAAGUUUUGUCGCAAGUGUGGUUAUAAAGUGGUUUAUUGGGCAUAAGCAGUGUCUGAGUUCUUUAAUUUACACUAACGGUAACGAUACGU